AUGGCGCCCAUGCACAAGACUCCUAGCGAAGAAGAAAUCGCAAACACCCUCGGCAACCUUGAGCUCUCAGCCUCGCAUCCGCAGAAAACCGCGCAGAAGCCCAAAUCCAAGCCCGUCGCAGAUAGCUGGGAAGCCGAACUCAGCGGGUCGGAUACUGAGACUGAGGAUGUAGACCUCGGCAAGUCUGCACAGAAGGGCUCACCACACGAUUCUCUACAACCCUUAUCGACCACAACUUCGCGCGAUAACCCGCCGAACCCGCCGCCGCCUACACCUGCCAGUCCCACGCAAUUCGAAUACCCGGAUAAUGUUCCGUACAACUUGAACUCUAGUUUAAGCGAUAGUGGGAGCCGGAGCUCGAGCAGAGGAGGCCCAGAUAAACGGCCAGAGAAGACAACGUCGGUAGCUGGGAGGAUGAUUGCGGGUGCGUUGGGUGUUAGAGCGCCGAAGAGGACUGAGGAGGAGAGGGAGUAUGACCGCGUCAUGAGGGAGAAGGAGAGGAAGAGGAGAACUGAGGAGAGGGAAAGGGAGAAGAAGGAGGCUGAGGAGAGGGAAGCCAGGAAGAAGGCUGUUUGGGAUGACUAG